AUGGAAUUCACAGAAACCAGCAACCUGAAUGGGGUGCAAGGAAGACCCCCACAAACACUGGUGGCCACGCCAAACAAUAAUCUCAGUCAGAAGAAGCUCCCUCCAACUGACAACAUUGUCACAAAGACACAUUAUGCACCAGCCUGGCCGACUUCAGCACCGGUGGCAUCAGCCGUCCCUCCAAACUUCUCCUGGGUGGUGCCCGGCAAGCUGGCAGGGCUGGCCAUGCCACAGCAGCCCACACACUACCAGUACAUGCAUGAGCAUGGCAUUCGGCACCUGGUGUCGCUGACCAAGCGCAGCCCACCCUACCACAACACCUGCCCUGGCAUCAAGCUCCAUCGCCUCCGCAUCCAGGACUUCUGUGCCCCGUCGCUGGAGCAGAUCAAGCACUUCCUGCAGAUUGUGGAGGAAGCCAGCACCAAGGGCGAGGCCGUGGUGGUGCACUGCAUGAUGGGAUUUGGCAGGACAGGAACCAUGCUGGCCUGUUACUUGGUGAAGGCCCAGAGACUCACUGGGGUCGACGCCAUCCAUGAGAUCCAUAGAAUCCGGCCCGGACCCAUCGAGACGCAUGACCAGGAGAAAGCCGUGAUCCAGUUCCACCACCACAUCAAAUAG